GCAGCGACGCCCCGGGUCGGAUUCGGAGCGGGCUAUCGCCAGCCUGGCACAUCCACCACCACCGGUGGCGGCAGCGCCAUCCAUCCCCACCCCCAGCCCCAUCUCCAACAGCAGCAGCAGCAGCAUCGGCAGCGAUCCCAUUCCAGCAAUGCCGGCGGCGGCGGCGGCACCAAUAAUCCCGCCCUCCAGAUCCGACUCCCGCCCAUCCCCUCCUUCCCGCCUCCCGCCUGGCCGCCCCAACCCGCCACCCACAGCACCGGCGCCCCCGUCGGCGGCGGCGGCGGCUGCCUGCCACGUAAGCCCUCGCCCCUGGGCGGGGGCGCCGCUGCCACGUCAUCGCCGUCGUCGUCGACUUCGACUUCGCCGUCGUUCGGCGGCCUGGCCCAGCACCACCACCAUCACCACCUUGUUCACCCACAACACCAACAGCAGCACCACCACCACAUGCCGCAGCCGCACAUGGCUGGCGCGUCGGCGGUGGGCGGCCCGAUGGCGGGCGGCGUGGCGGCCUAUCGCGACCCCAAGGCCGCCCCGCUCUUCAAGCUCAGCGUCGACCUCAUCAACACCUACAAGCGCAUCAACGAGGUGUAUUAUGCGAAGAAGACGGCGACGACGGCGGAGGUGAAGUACAACGACGGCCACGACGACGAGAACGCCGACUACGUGAUCAAGCCGGGCGAGGCGUUCAGCAACGGGCGCUACGAGGUGCAGCAGCUGCUGGGCAAGGGCUCGUUCGGGCAGGUCAUCAAGGCCUGGGACCGGGCCAAGCAGGAGGCCGUCGCCAUCAAGAUCAUCAAAAACAAGAAGCCCUUCUACAACCAGGCCCUCAUCGAGAUCAAGCUCCUCAAGCUCAUGAACCAACGCGACCCCGACGACCAGUACUUUAUCGUGAGGAUGCUGGACCACUUUGUGCACCACAACCACCUGUGUCUGGUGUUUGAGCUGCUGUCGUACAACCUGUACGACCUGCUGCGGACGACCAACUUCCACGGCGUGUCGCUCAACCUCAUCCGCAAGUUCGCCCAGCAGGUGCUCACCGCCCUCUACUUUCUCUCCACCUCCGAAGUCAACAUCAUCCACUGCGACCUCAAGCCAGAAAAUAUUCUUCUGCGAAACCCGAAAUGGAGCGCGAUCAAGCUCAUCGAUUUUGGCUCCUCCUGCCACACGCAGCAACGAGUGUACAAAUAUAUACAGAGCCGAUUCUAUAGGUCUCCAGAAGUGCUGCUGGAGUUGGACUAUAGCACGGCGAUCGAUAUGUGGGGGUUGGGCUGCAUCCUGGUGGAGAUGCACACGGGGGAGCCGCUGUUCGCGGGCGAGAACGAGCUCGACCAGCUGACCAAGAUCUCGGAGGUGCUGGGCCUCCCGCCCGAGCAGAUGGUCCUCCGCAGCCCCAAGGCCAAGCGCUUCUUCGGCUUCCGCAAAAAGAACGAAACCUGGACCUACAAACUCAAACACACACAGGGCUGGCGGGCGCGUCCGCUGCACAGUCUGCUGGGGGUGGACAUCGGCGGUCCGGGCGGGCGGCGACGGGGCGAGGAGGGCCACGGGGUGGAGGACUACUACGUGUUCAAGAACCUCAUCGAGCGGAUGCUCGCCUACGACCCGACCAAGCGCAUCACCCCGCUCGAGGCCCUCAACCACGACUUCUUCAAACUGCAGCCACAGCCCCAGCCCCCGCCCCCACUACUGCCCGGCUCUGUCGCCGCCUCGCCAGUCGUUGCCGCCGGCGCUGGCUCGCCGCACGCGCCGCGGCCGCCGUUCGGCAUGCACGGCCUCCUGUCGGCGUCGUCGCCGGUGGUGCCGUCGCGGCGCACGCCGAUGUGGAUGGACGCGGACGAGGGCGACGAGCCGCCACCUUCAUCGACAUCGGCGGCAGCGGCGGUGAGUGUGCACCACAACCUGUCCGUGUCGGGGCCGCACGUCACCGCGGCCGCGCUCGAACGCGAACGCGGCGGACACAACAUGAUGAUGGAGUGA